GACCUGUGCGUGCUGGUGAUUUAUCCUGCUACAGCCACCUCUUCCCUUUCUGUCUGUUUGUCUCCUUCUCUCCCUUUCUAAAGCAGCCCACCAGCAGGCCAACAUGCCUCCAAAGAAGCCCGAGCCUAAGAAGGCUGAACCUAAGAAAGAAGAACCCAAACCAGCACCACCUAAACCAGCAGAACCAGAACCCAAAAAAGAAGUUGAAUUUAACCCAGCUUCUGUCAAAGUUGAAUUCACUCCCGAUCAGAUUGAAGAAUUUAAGGAAGCAUUCUCACUCUUUGACCGGACUCCUAAAUCUGAGAUGAAAAUCACAUAUGCACAAUGCGGAGAUGUCUUGAGAGCUUUGGGGCAGAAUCCAACCCAGGCUGAGGUCAUGAAGGUGCUUGGCAGACCCAAACCAGAAGAGAUGAACUCCAAGAUGAUUGACUUUGAGACCUUCCUGCCCAUGCUCCAGCAUAUUUCCAAGACGAAAGACACGGGGACCUAUGAGGACUUCGUAGAGGGUCUGCGCGUGUUUGACAAGGAGGGAAAUGGAACAGUGAUGGGGGCUGAACUCCGCCAUGUUUUGGCUACACUGGGUGAAAGGCUGACUGAAGAGGAAGUUGAUAAGCUAAUGGCUGGCCAGGAAGAUGCCAAUGGCUGUAUCAACUAUGAAGCUUUUGUGAAACAUAUCAUGGCUAAUUGAAUUUCAGGACAAGAUAGGCCCUGAGAACCCCAGAUGCUGGCCUUGGAUUUCAAUGGAACGGAAUGUCUUCUCAUUUUUCAUCUCAGAUUCCCAUUACAGAGCUACAAAAUGUGCUGCCCCUAAAGUUAUUUGGACAAAUGUUUUGGUAUUUUUGUUUGUUUUUUCUUGUUUCUUCAUGAGAAGCGGGUGGCCUCUGUGGAGAUUCAAUACACUCAGGAAAUAGAAGAAACUGGAAUCUGACCUAUGAGUACCUGGGCAUUGUCACUUUUUAUUGAUAGAAUAUAUAUAACAAUACAAAAUUGUUAAGAGAGAAGAGAAAAAAGGGGAGUAAUUUUUUUUUUAUCACUAAAUCAAUCAAAACUGCAUUUGAUAUUUAGCCAUAUCCUACCCUCCCCUCUUCCUUCCAAAGCAACUGGGCCUUUCUCCUUGUGUUUAUUUCACUUGUUUAAAAAAAAUGGCUUUAAGAGAGUACAGGAGUAAAGAAAUUAAACCAUUUGUAUAAACCUCAUGUAUGCAAGCAAUACUCUUAAUCUUUAGAGGAAAAUAGUAAAAGUGAAAUGUCCAGUAAUCAGCAACGAACAACCUUGUUCACUUGUUUCUCAGCUUUGGAAGUGUUUAACAGUUCAACUGUUAAACCAAAGCAAAACAGAAAUGUACACAGCAUUUGUUAAAAUGCAGCUCUUCUCCACGAGGAUUGCUUCCCAUUCUAACCUAUGAAACAAGUAAAGUGUUUUUCCCAAUGCACAAUGGAAAUUGUUCUAAUAUACUUAUCUUGGCCCUGUAGCUUUUUGUAGUAAAAUAUGGGAUUCUUUGUCA